AUUUGAUCAUAAAAUUAAAUUAUUUAUGUUUCUUAAAAAAAUUAAAAUCACUCUUUAAAUAAAAAUCCAAAAUUUCUCUCUCAUUAAAUAACCUCCUUUGGGCCCUCAUCUCCAUUUUUCUCUUUCCUUUCCGCCUUUCUCCCCCAAAACACCAAAAAUCACACAACCAACGCUUGUUUUUUUCACCCAAAUUACCAGGAACUACAAAUUCAACAAUUUUAUUUAUUUAUUUUUUGAUUUAGUAGAGAGAGAAAGUAAGUUUGAUGAAACGUGAAUCCCCAGAAAUUCUGUGUAAAAAAAAAAAUUACAGAGAAAAAAAUGGCGAAGAGUGAAGCGAUGGGUGUUUCAGAUGGAGAAGUUUUGAUUGAAAAGGGCAAUAAUAAUAACAACAAUGGUAAUAGAAUCAAAGCCAAAGAACUUAAGAAGGAUUUGCUGACACUAGUUAUGGAAAUUAAUCAAGAAGAAGAUGAUGAUGAUGAAGAAGUUGAGAGAGAAAAUGGAGUAAUUCUGGGUACAAUUGAUAAAGCAAUUCAGGCAUUAACUGCAUUGAAAGAGUUGAAGUUGAAGAAAUCGAAGAAGAAGCGUGCACUUUCUUCUCAGUUUGAUCAGUUGAAUGUUCCUGAUGAAUUUCGUUGCCCCAUUUCUAGAGAAAUUAUGAAGGACCCUGUUGUUUUAUCUACUGGACAGACUUAUGAUCGGCCAUUCAUUCAGAAAUGGUUAAAAGAAGGUAAUAGAACUUGUCCUCAGACCCAACAAGUGCUUUCUCAUAUCGAGCUCACCCCUAACCAUUUAGUCCGAGAGCUGAUAUUACAAUGGUGCAAGGAUCAUGGAAUUGAACUCCCUCCCCCCCUUCAGGAUGUCAAUGAUGGAUUCGUAACUGAUGCUGAUAGAAAUCAUUUGAAUAUGCUUCUGGACAAAAUGUCUUCUACUCUUUCUGAACAAAAGGAAGCUGCAAAAGAGAUCCGUAUGUUGACCAAGCGAAUGCCAUCUUUUCGCUCCUUCUUUGGGGAGUCCACUUAUGCGUUGCCGCAGUUGCUGGGCCCUCUUACAACCGCAGAAAGCCUUGAGGAUCAUCCUGAUCUUCAAGAGGAUCUUAUAACUACUAUAUUGAAUCUUUCUAUACAUGACAGCAAUAAGAAGCUUAUUGCAGAGUUCCCAGCUGUCAUUCCUUUACUGAUUGAAUCUUUGCAAUGUGGGACCAUUGAAACAAGAGCCAAUGCUGCUGCUGCGCUUUUCACAUUGUCUGCACUCGACGAAAACAAGCUUCUUAUUGCUGAACUGGGAGCUUUGAAGCCUUUGAUCGACCUUCUGGAACAAGGGCAUGAAACAGCCAUGAAAGAUGUGACAUCUGCACUCUUUAACCUGUGUAAAAUACGGGAGAACAGGGGUAUAGCUGUACGUGAUGGGGCAGUUAAAGUGAUACUAGAGAAACUCAAGGAGCGGGUGCAUGUCUCUGAGUUAUUGGCUAUCCUUGCUUUUCUGUCAACCCAUCAUUUAGCAAUUGAUGAGCUAGAAAAUCUUGGUUCAGUGGAUUGCCUGCUAAGUAUAAUAAGCGAAAGUUCGUGUGAACCAGAUAGGGAAAACUGCAUUGUGAUUCUGCAUGAUAUCUGUGGAUACAGUCGUUUUGCUCUGAAGGAGGUUCGGGAUGAAGAAAAAGAAAAAGGAAUCAUUUCUAAUCUUGCGGAGAAUGGAACUUCAAGAGCCAGAAGGAAGGCUAAUGGUUUGCUGAAUAAGUUGAGGUUGAACAGACGCAUUAACUACACCCAUACUGCUUGAAGCAUGUUCCAUAAGAGAGUUUUGUACAUAUUGCUGCGUCGUUCAGUCUUUGUAUACAUGUAAAGUUGGAUACUACCUCGGGGGUGAAUUGGCGGUAAGUUCUGUUCCCUACCCUGCCCCCGACUCUUUCAGCAAUGUACAGUACUACUACUAUAGCUACUACUGCAAAGUUUUGGUUUCCAUUUGUUUCAAAUAAGAAUGGUUUGUCUGUGAUCAGAAGGGAGAAAUUCAAUGCUUUUCAGUCAUCAAUUGAAUUAGUUUUUAGCCUUUCUAAGUUCUCUCUGGCAAUAAGCCCGUUGUGGAUAGGACCACCGAAUGUAGUUGUGAUUAUCACAAUUAGCAUUUUGGUAAAUAUAUUUCUGUGGGCCACUAAGUGGGGUGAUUUGCUUGCUAAUUAGCUAUAAAUGAACAGAUUGGAACUCUGCUUGUUGUUUUCAAAGCCAAUCUUUUGCUAGUGUCGGUCGUCCUGCACAUAAUACAUUGAUUGAUUUGCA